AUGGAUAUUCCAUCUUGGAGUGUUGAGAACGCCAAUGCAAGUGUCAUCGACAGCGUUGAAGCAUCUCAUGGCGACAAUUCCACUAACGAGCAGCACCCCCAUAAUAGAAUGAGAAAUUCAGUCCCUGAUACUCUAGAAGCGGCUCAAAUUGCCAUUUGUGGCAUUGCUUUGCGUCUUCCAGGAGGAAUAAGAAACUGCGAAGAAUACUGGGAUCUCUUGUACCAUGGCCUCGAUGCCCGACGUCCCAUUCCCAGCAGCCGCUUCAACAUCGAUGGGUUCAACGACAGUCUUGGAGGCAAAGACUCCAUCAAGACCAAGCAUGGUUACUUCAUCGACGGUGAUAUUUCAUGCCUCGACACGUCUUUCUUCUCAUUGACUAAGAAUGAGCUUGAGAGGGUUGAUCCGCAGCAGCGACUGCUACUCGAAAUAACACAUGAAUGCCUUGAGGAUGCAGGAGAAAUUCAUUAUCGUGGAAAGCAAGUCGGUUGCUACAUUGGUACCUUUGGGGAUGAUUGGUUGAUCAUGAACACCAAAGAGCCCCUCCAAGGAGGGUUGUACGCUACAACUGGUGGUGCAGAUCUCAUGAUGGCCAAUCGCAUUUCGUACGAAUAUGACUUCCAAGGACCAAGCAUGGUCAUAAAAACAGGAUGCUCCAGCUCAGCAGUAGCGCUCCACGAAGCGUGUCGCGCCGUUCAAAGAGGCGAUGCCUCAAGCGCCAUCGUCGGAGGCGCCAACAUGAUCAUGACACCAGCCUUGACAGCAACAAUGUCAUCUGGUGAAGUACUGGCCCCAGAUGCGUCCUGCAAGACCUUUGACGCUGCUGCUGAUGGCUAUGCUCGUGCAGAAGCCAUAACAGCUAUUUACAUCAAGCCCUUGUCUGAUGCUAUCCGCGAUGGCAAUCCGAUAAGAGCUAUUGUGAAAGGCACGGCUGUGAACUGCGAUGGAAAAUGUGCCAGUCUCGUCACCCCAAAUGGAGCUGCCCAUGAAGCUCUUAUGAGAAAGGCGUACCAUGAUAUUGGGCUGGAUCCAAAGGACACUGCAUUUAUCGAGUGCCAUGGUACUGGGACACCAACGGGUGACCCUAUCGAGGCUGCAGCCGUAGGAAGAGUCUUUGGAGGAGAGAACAAAGUUUUCAUUACCUCAGUCAAGCCCAAUCUCGGGCAUUCAGAGGGUUCUGCCGGGCUGUCAUCGGUCAUCAAGUGUGUUCUUGCCCUGGAGCAUCAGACGAUUCCACCCAACAUCAAACUUGUGAAUCCCAACCCAAAUAUCCCCUUCUCCAAGUACAACCUCAGUGUCCCACUCAAACCAACACCCUUUCCGUCAGAUCGCCUGAAGAGAGUCAGCAUCAACUCUUUUGGGAUCGGGGGAAGCAAUGCUCAUGUUAUUCUUGAGUCAUAUACUUCGGAACAUGAUAGACGUUCAACCAAUGUCGAUCAACAAAGCGCUACAUCUCCUUCUUUGCUUCUACUGUCAGCCAACACGGAAUCCUCCCUCCAGAGACAGAUCCGCAACCAUCAAGAAUGGACAGCUAGAAAUCCCAAUUGCAUAUCCGAUCUCGGCUUUAAUCUUGCAACUCAUCGUAAGUAUCUGCCCCAUAGAGCAUUCAUUGUCUCUCAGCGCGAAAGGCCAAGCGAGGUCUCGAGUCUGUCAAAAAUUCCUUCUGGACCUCUGUCCCUGGUGUUUGUCUUCAGUGGACAGGGUGCACAAUGGCCCCUUAUGACGAAAGAACUCAUCGAAAGCGAUGCAAAUUUUCGCAGUGACUUAAGUGCCAUGAACUCUGUCCUCCAGAGACUCGAGUUUCCGCCAAGCUGGAAUCUCAUAGAUGAGCUCCUAGAGCCUGCGGAAACCUCCCAAAUAAAUCGAGCUGAGCUAUCACAGCCUCUCUGCACAGCCAUCCAGCUGGCACUAGUCAACAAGUUCUCUCGCCUGGGACUCACCCCGUCUGCUAGCGUCGGCCAUUCCAGUGGAGAAAUAGCCGGUGCUUAUGCAGCUGGCCACAUCUCCAUGGAAGAAGCCAUUGUUAUUGCGUACUAUCGUGGUUAUGUGACAAAAAAGCAGACUCUUCGCGGGGCCAUGGCGGCCGUCGGGAUGGGGGUGCAAGGCAUUUCCAAGUAUCUAACUGAUGGUGUUGUUGUGGCUUGUGAGAACAGCCCGGAAAGCAGUACCAUCUCCGGAGAUGCAGAUCGAGUCGCUCAAGUCGUUGCAGCGAUCAAACAGGCUGAUCCUGACAUGUUUGCUCGUCUACUCAAGGUCGAUAUGGCUUAUCACUCACAACAUAUGUCGCCCUUGGGUGUCAAGUACCAAAGUCUUCUUCAGUCUGAACUCCCGAGGCACGCUGCGCCUAUCUCCUCCACCAAGAUUGAGAUGUUCUCCACUGUCACCACGGGGCUGGCAGAUACAUGUCUUCGCCAUCCGUCGUAUUGGACCCAGAAUCUUACAUCACCGGUCAAAUUCUCAUCAGCUGUGUCAAAAUUGCUUGCAUCCAAGCAGGCCUGCGUUUUUUUGGAAAUUGGACCGCACUCUGCCCUGGCCGGACCUUUGAGGCAGAUCUGUUCAUCCUCCUCACAACCCUGUUACUACGUGUCUUCCCAAUCUCGAGAUAAAGAUUCCUCGACCGUCUUUCUUAGUGCAUUAGGUAAACUGUACCAGAAUGGCAUCGCUCUCAACCUCGGACUGCUGUUCCCCAACUCGAAAGCCAUAUCAGGCUUACCUAACUAUCCUUGGGACCACAGCGCAAUAUACUGGUCUGAGAGUCGCAUAUCAAAGGCCUGGAGGUCCAGAGAGUACCCCCAGCACUGCCUUCUGGGGUCCCGUAACUUUGAGGGAUCGGAUCUAGAACCUCAAUGGCGAAACAUCCUCAGCCUUGAGGAUGUGCCUUGGCUUAUGGAUCAUAAACUGAAACAAGACGUGGUUUUCCCAUUCGCCGGGUACAUGGCUAUCGCUGGUGAAGCAAUCAGACAGGUAACCCGGUCUCCUCUUGGUGCAGGCUACCGCCUGCGACAUGUCAUUGCUUAUCGAGCUCUUCUUCUUUCUGACUCAGUUGAAGUCUCCACUAGCUUGCGCAUUCACAACCUCAACGACCUUGACGACUCUGCAUGGUAUAGCUUUACCAUAUCGUCGUACGACGGUUCAGGCUGGACCAAGCACUGCACAGGACAAGUAAGCAUUCUUGAGAAAGCCAGGACCACGAACUGGGUCUCUGAGGUGCUCCCUCGACAGGUUGAUUGUGCACGCAUAUAUAGCCAGCUUGCACAGGUUGGAUUCAUCUACGGCCCAGAGUUCCGUGGCUUGCUGGACGCGACGGCUGCACCUUCGGGAGACCGUGUCCACGGUCGCAUAUCCAAUAAGACCUCACAGAGCCAUUCCCCGUUUGCUCUACAUCCAGCAACGAUAGACGCAGGUCUUCAGUUACUUCUUGUCUCUCAAGCGAGGGGCUUGGCUAGAAACAUUUCCGAACUUGUUGUACCUACAGCUAUUGAAGAGGUCGAGGUUAGCACAGGCUCAGAUUUGAUGGAUGCGAAAGCAUGGAGGCUGCACGGAACAAAUUUGUGCGUCGAGCUCGAUGCUGGAGGCAAAGUCGCCCUGCAUGCCUCUGGUGUGAAAUUGAGGGCAUUAGGAGAAGACACGUCGCUUGAAGCACUCGAAACUCACGCUACUUCGAGACUCAGCUGGCUUCCGCACUUUGACUUUGUAGACGCGUCGAAACUCUUCGUUCCACCGGCUAUUGACAGAGAGGAGUGUCACCUACAGGAAGAGCUGACCCUUCUUUGCAUCAUUGAAACUGUGGAAAAGAUCAAAAGUCUUGAGGCAUGUCAGCCUUUCUUCAUCAAGUUUCGAGAUUGGCUCAAGAGACAGCUCGAUAUUGCUGCGUCGGGAGAUUACAAGCUUGUCAGUCAAUCUCGACAGCUUCUCGAUAUCCCUCACGAGCUCAGGCUCUCCAAAAUCGAAGAACUCACUCGCAAGCUUGUGGGAAUGCCGCAAAAAGCAUUGACCAUUGGACUUCGACGUCUCUUUGACAAUAUGGAAAACUUGUUCACUGGCAAAGCAGCAGCUAUCGAGACGUUGCUCGAAGACAACGUGUUGGCCGAUCUCUAUAAUGUCAUGACUUUCGACUACUCUAAAUUUCUACGCAUUUUUUCACACACUCGCCCUACUCUCAACAUUCUUGAGGUCGGAGCUGGGACAGGAGGCACUACCGAGACUAUUCUCCGAGGCCUAGCGCAGGUACGAGGGCUCCCGGCCUACGCUGUCUAUAACUUCACAGACAUUUCCGCUGGGUUCUUCCCCGCAGCCAAGGAUCGUUUCUCGGGGGCCCCAAACAUGGAGUUUAACGUGUUGGACGUUUCCCAGAAUCCAUUAGAACAGGGGUUUCAAGCUGGAGCAUAUGAUCUCAUUGUCGCAGCCAACGUGUUGCAUGCCACGCCUUCACUUCACGAGACGUUGGGGAAUAUUCGACAACUACUCAAGUCGGAUGGUAUACUAGUCAUGACAGAAGUUUGCAGCCUAUCGAGGUUGACUAACUAUGUGUUUGGAAACUUUUCUGGCUGGUGGCUGGGGGAUGAUGAUGGUCGACCAGAUCAGCCUUACGUGCCUGUAUCGCGAUGGGACCAAGAGUUGAAGAAGGCUGGCUACAGCGGAGUCGAUGUGGCCGUCUAUGACGACGAAGAGCCAUAUCGACAUUGUGCUGUCAUAGUGGCUAGCAAAGAACCUCCUGUGGUCACUCGCCCUUCUUCUGUUACUCUACUAGCCCGACAUCCAUAUAGUUAUCCAGCUACCCAAGUGUCAUCUUCACUGGAAACUAGAGGCUGGAAAAUCACAGUGCAGAGAAUCGAAGAUCAAGUGCCUCAGGAUCAGAUCAUCAUUUCUUGCCUUGAUUUGGAAACUCCCUUCUUUGAAAAUAUUUCCCAAGAAAUGUUCACGAAGUUCCAAGAAUUCACAAAGAAUCUUGGAUCUAUCAGUAUUCUGUGGCUCAUACCUCCAAGCCAGGUCGGGUGUUCAAAUCCAAGAUCGGCUCAGACACUGGGUGUUGCUCGGACUCUUCGAUCCGAACUGGGGCUGAACUUUUACACGCUCGAAAUUGACCUCAAUGAGGGUCGUUUGGGUAUUCUGAUUACCAGCGUCUUCGAUAAGGUUAUUAGAGAGUGUGACAGCGAGGCUCUUGAGCCAGACAAGGAAUACAUUGUGCAUGAUGGUGCAAUCUGUGUUGGCCGUUACCAUCCUAUCAAUAUUGCCGAGGAAGCAUUGGACAAGGUCCAAGGCGGUGAGGUAAUGAAGACUUUGAGAGUUGACAAACCGGGAUCCCUCGAGACAAUGAACUGGAUAGCUUCUGCGAUUCCAACCAAGAUCAUGGAGGACCAGGUUGAGAUAAAAGUUCACUCCGCUGGUGUCAACUUCCACGACGUUGUCUCAGCCAUGGGUCUGAUUCCAUCUGAGAGCCAAAAUGUAUUCCCAGGCAUCGAAGUGUCUGGUGCAGUCCGACGCCUCGGCAGCGCAGUUACUGGCUUUUCUAUCGGAGAUCGCAUCAUGAGUAUAUGUUACUGUGGUGGCUUCUCUACGCACUUCACAGCUAAGCAUCACUACAUGCACAAGAUUCCUGACGAAAUGAGCUUUGAAGAAGCCGCCACCAUUCAGUGUUGCUUUUCUACAGUCAUAUAUGCACUGCUUGACGUAGGAAAGAUGCGCAAAGGAACCAGCGUGUUGGUUCAUUCUGCCUGCGGUGGCAUUGGUCUCGCCGCUCUUCAAGUCGUGCAGAUGAUGGAGGGGGAGAUAUAUGCCACAGUUGGAAACAAGGAGAAGGUGGAAUAUUUGGUCAAGGAGUACGGAAUCCUGCGGGAACGCAUCUUCAGCUCUCGUGAUGCUUCCUUCUUGGAUGGUGUGAUGCAACAAACGGCAGGGAAAGGCGUCGACCUAGUUCUAAACUAUCUUAAUGGUGAACUCCUCAAUACUUCUUGGAAGUGCGUCGCCAAAUCUGGAACCCUCCUGGAGCUUGGCAAGCGCGAUCUCGUUUCAUGCGGCCAACUUGACAUGGGUGGCUUCUUGGAAAACAGGUCGUACUGUGGUAUCGAUUUGCACUACCUGAUAGGAGAGCGGCCUAUCUUGGUGAAGGACGUGAUGGAAAGAACUCUAGAGUUCUUCAGACAGGGAAAGCUGAGACCUCUUAGGCCCAUCACCCCUUUUCCUGCAAGCGAUGCUAAGAAGGCAUUUCGCUACCUCCAAGAUGGCCAGCAUAUAGGGAAGGUAGUCCUUGAAAUGCCUAUAGAUGCAUCAGAGCCUGAGGCAAAAGUGGCGAUACAGACCAUACAGUUCGACCCUCUCGCAUCUUACUUUCUUGUUGGAGGAUUGGGUGGGCUCGGCAGAGCCCUGGCAGUCUGGUUAGUGGAGCGGGGCGCUAAGCAUCUUGUGUUUCUCUCAAGGAGUGGUAUGACGGACGACGACGACAAGUUUUCCGUUGAACUCGAAGCCUUGGGAUGCAAUGCCAUUGUAGUCAAGGGAAGCGCCAAUAAUCUGGAGGACGUAGAAGAAGCUAUCAGCAAGGCCCCAUAUCCCUUCAAAGGUGUCUUUCAUCUCGCCAUGGUUCAAAGGGACUCUCCCCUGCUGGAAAUGAAGUGGGAGGAUUGGAAAGACGCCAUCGAGCCUAAAGUCAAUGGAACUUGGAACCUCCACCGAGCACUCCACGGCCAGCCCCUGGACUACUUCUGGCUAGCAAGUUCCGCAGUCACAUUUGCCGACCAGCCUGGCCAGGGCAACUACAAAUCAGGAUGCAUAUUCACCGAGUCUUUCUGCCAGUACAGACACUCUCUUGGCCUCCCCGCAUCGGUGCUCUCAAUAUGUGGCAUCGAAGACGUCGGAUACCUGGCGGAAAAUCCAUCCGCGCUUCGCAGCAUCAAACUCCAGGGUCUACACACUGUGAGGGAGAAGGAGUUUCUUGAAUGCCUAGAGGCUUCGCUGUUCAAUUCGGCCCCAAGCAGUCGUAGCUUGGCUAGUGGCAGCUUCGAGAAUCUCGUGUCGAGUGAGUGGUCGCCAUGGAAGAACAAUGGGCACAUUUUAAUGGGCAUGAGAUCCCAGCUCCACCUCGACGAUCCGAAGAAUCCUACCAAUUGGCGUCGUGAUCGCCGAAUGGGUGCAUACCACAACCUUUCUACUGGAGACCAAUCCGAUACACGAGGCGAGAGGAGUCAACUCAAGACUUUUCUACAGAGUGUCAGCGAAGGAGAAAUUGGACUACUCGCAAAGAAAGAGUCGAUUGACUUUCUAUCUAUCGAGAUUGGCGCAAAGGUCAACGAUUUUCUUCUCAAGCCAGACGUACCUGUUGAUCCUAAACUCAAAUUAUCUGAGAUUGGCCUUGAUUCACUUACUGCGAUUGAGUUGCGGCGAUGGUUUAGUCAAGUGUUUGGUCUGCAAGUCAGUGUGUUAGAGAUGCUUGGGGCACCGUCGUUGAGAGACGUUGGAAAGAUUGUGGCAACCAGAUUGGGGGAAAAGCUUAAGCGACGGGAUAUGUGA